CGCAGCGGUGCCGGGGUGGGCGCGGGUGCGGGCCGGGGCGGGGGCGCGGAUGGCGGCGCGGCCGCGCGAUGCUGCGCUGGCUUGUGGCCGUGCUCAGCCACUCCUGCUUUGUCUCCAGGGGCGGCUCCAUGUUCUACGCGGUGCGCAAGGGCCGGCGGACCGGCGUCUUCCGCAGCUGGGCGGAGUGCCAGGAGCAGGUGAACAAGUUCCCCUCCGCUAGCUUCAAGAAGUUCGCCAGCGAGAAGGACGCCUGGAGCUUCGUGCGCAGCGGCCUCCCGGGGCCGCCGCAGCAGCAGCCCGAGCCGGCAGACGCAUUUGGUUCUCCAGCUUUAACACAAGAAAGUGGUAGCCAGAGAGAGGAACCAGAAUUAAAUACCGUGUGUUACAGUACAUGUAAAAGGCCAUAUGAACAGACUACAAACGAAGAGCAGAUUGCAAAGCGUGUAAAACAUGAUGAAGUACGCUCAGUGUGCUCAACACCAGCAGUCAGUGAAGAUAAGUUUUCAUAUAUGGGUGACUUUGCAGUUGUUUAUACAGAUGGUUGUUGCAGUGGUAAUGGACGUAACAGGGCACGUGCUGGAAUAGGUGUCUACUGGGGACCAGGCCACCCUUUAAACACCAGUGAAAGACUUCCUGGGCGGCAGACCAAUCAAAGAGCAGAAAUCCAUGCAGCCUGCAAAGCAAUAGAGCAAGCCAAGAGUCAAAACAUCAGGAAGUUAAUAAUCUACACUGAUAGCAAGUUUACUAUUAAUGGUAUUACAAGCUGGGUUGACAACUGGAAAACAAAUGGCUGGAGAACAAGUUCAGGAGGAAGUGUAAUAAAUAAAGAAGAUUUUGAAAGACUUGAUAAUCUAACAAAAGACAUAGAAAUUCAGUGGAUGCAUAUUCCCGGUCAUGCUGGCUUCCGAGGAAAUGAAGAAGCGGAUAGGCUAGCAAGAGAAGGAGCUCUUAAACAAAAGUGCUGAUGUCCUGGGACUGGAGACUGUUAGCUGGGAGGAAAAGGCCUAACAUGACAGCAGCAACUUGAACUGCUGUAAUUGUUUUGAACUUUGAGCUGUACUUCUUUCUGGCCUGAGACACUAAAUAUAAACCAACUUCUGGGAAGGAAAACCCCAUAUUUUCUUCUAUUGAAUUUGUUUUACAAUUGAGACCAUAUUUAGUUGGUGAUACUGAGUAUUUGGUUUUUGUCCAUCUCUUGGAAGGGCUGUUAGCUGUCUUGUGUACUUAUGAGUUCAGCUUAAAGACAGGCUUCUGAAGAAGAAAUUUUAAAUUCAAGUUUUCUGUAUUUUCCUCUUAGUGAAAUAAACUAAUUUUUGUACAGUUUUA